UUACAGAAUAUGGGUGAACGUAAAGGACAGAAUUUCUAUUAUCCGCCAGACUUUGAUUAUAAGAAGCAUAAAAGUUUAAACAGCUAUCAUGGGACACAUGCAUUGCGAGAACGUGCUGCCAAAAUCAAGCAAGGGAUUCUCAUUAUACGUUUUGAAAUGCCAUUCAAUAUUUGGUGUCUUGGUUGUAACAACCAUGUUGGGAUGGGUGUGCGAUAUAAUGCCGAAAAGAAGAAAAUUGGGAUGUAUUACACGACACCAUUAUAUGAAUUCCGUAUGAAAUGUCACCUUUGUGACAACUACUUUGUCAUACGCACUGAUCCAGAGCACUUUGAUUAUGAACUUGUGGAAGGCUGUCGUCGACAGGAGAAACGAUAUGAUCCAUCUACUAUCGAUCAGCUUGGAGCUGUUGAUCGGAGUUUUAGUAGGCAGUUGGAAAGCGAUCGGAUGUUUCAGGUUGAACAUGUGGAACAAGACAAAGAGAAGGCAGCAAGUUCAUCUGAUAAAGUUGGUAAAUUGGAAUGGAUUCAGGAAAGGAUGCGGGAUGAUUUUGCCGCUAAUCAAGCUUUGAGGAAGUCAUUCAAGCUUGAAAAAGCUAGUUUGAACGAAGGAAGAGCAAGAGAUGAAGACUUGCUGAAGAGAAUGUCUUUGAACAUCAAACUAGUAUCAGAAAGUGUUGAGGACAAAAAACUCGCUGCUGCAGUUCUGCGAUACAAAAAUAUGAAAUUUACGUAACAAUUUAAUAUUGUUUUCUAUUUUAAAGAAACCAGCGGUGCGACCUUAUUAUAAUAGGUUGGAAAUUCUUUGAAACUUUUGAACUUAUUUAGAAAAUGGACUUCCUUUGCUAUUUCCAGUAAGUCUUAACUAAAACCGGAGUCUGAAAAUUGUAAUUUAUUCUUCCAGUAAACAAAAAAAAAACGCUAUUUCUUGAUGUAUUUAUUGUACCACUUUUCAGUUCCUGAAGAACGGCUUGAAGAGA